UAUAGUUUUGCGGAGUCGUUUACUCGUUCACUGUUAUUUGUCAUUGAAAAACUUGGUAGAAGCGCCGCGUUCAGCUCACGUACUGGGGGUAGCCCCUGCGAUAAGUUAGGCCAAUCCAGGGGGCGCAUUACAUACUGAGACAUACGCAUAUAACAAACACUUCGGUUUCGAUAUUCGUGUGUGAACGCCGGCACGGUUAUAUGUGUCGGGCCGAUCGCGCAAACAGUUCAACUUGAUGAGUUAUCUAUAUCUGUUAACGUAAACCCUUAGUUCGAGUUAGUCCCUUGUGCGAUACGCUCACAUUCAUUUCGUCUGCCAUACGCCAAGCAGCUGUAGCCGAAAACCAAAUCUAAAAUUAGUUCCCGGAGGUUUAGUCGAAAGCGCAUCUUCGGUCCCGCAAACUCCUCUCCACGUGCUCUAACGGUCCAACCAUAGAAACUCACCCGUUGUUUUCGUGCGAGCCGUUGGCCGAAAUUUAUGUGCAAAACGGUUCAACCAGCAUACUUAUGCGAGAUCGCCGGAGUACCUUCACCAAAGAGUACAUAAAUAACAUUUUCAACCCCUUGACGAGACCGACCAGACCGACGUCUAGACCAACAGACAAUCAUACCAGUUCAGCUCGUGUUGCUGAAGAGCAACGCGUGGUGAAUCAGGAGCCAGUCGAAGAACAGAAGAUCAUGCUGAUGCCAAGUGCGGGAAUAUCCGCGACCACCGAAACGGACACCCUCGUCGGAGGACUCGGAGGUCUCGGGGUCCUCGGGGCCACGGGCACCCUCAACGGCACCGGCGUCCAAAAUAAAGACACCACGUGGACGAAAUUAUUUGUUGGCGGUCUACCUUAUCAUACCAGCGACAAGUCUCUUAGAGAUCAUUUCGCAGUUUACGGAGAUAUCGAGGAAGCUGUGGUCAUAACGGACAGGCAAACUGGAAAAAGUAGGGGAUACGGAUUUGUGAUAAUGGGCGAUCGUGCAUCUGCAGAAAGAGCGUGUAAAGAUCCCAAUCCAAUAAUAGACGGAAGGAAAGCAAAUGUAAAUUUAGCAAUAUUAGGAGCGAAACCAAGAGGAAAUAUUCCAACUGGUUUUCCAUUCCCAAGCGUAAGGGCAGGAGCAUACCCAACUCUUCUCCCAAGCCAGUAUGGGAUGCCGCCCGGAUAUGUGUACCAGUCUCCUUAUUUGGCAGCUACAGCCCCAGGCAGCUUAGUACCACUUCAAGCUACGCAACUGACACACGCAGCAGCUGUUGCAGCUGCCACGUCACAGUUUUAUGAAUACCAAAAUGCUGCUGCAGUAGCGGCAGCAGCAGCUGCGCCAUAUACAGGGCAGUACGCAAAUGGAUUUGAUGCCUAUACACCUUAUACAGGAGCCGCAGGUGCAGCUAGUUAUAUGCCAUACACAUACGCUACGCUACCUCAAACCCCUGGUUUACAGGCUACUGCAGGUGCUUUUCCUGGUAUUCCUUAUCAGACAGCUGCUCAGACUCAAACACUACAGGAGGCUCGUCUGCAGUAACCACAAUUCAAGAGGAAGAUUCUUUUCCAAAAAGAAAUACCUUUCAAUCCUACUUUCUUAAUCUGAGUGAAUAAAGAGAUUAAUAAUAAUUUUCAAGACAUGUCAGGGUGAAGUAUGUAAUCGCAAAUCAUUUUAUCUGUAAAAGAACGACAGGUGUCUUGAAAAUCCCACUGAAAAUUUGUUCUUUCUUAGAAAGGAAACGGUGACCUUAAUAUUUAUGGGAUAUUCCUCUGGUAAACUAUCUGUUGUAUAUUCAGAUUGGAAAGGUUGAAAGUGAAAAUUUUGUGACAAUCACAGAGAUCUGUACUAAAUACUUAAAAUAGUUCCUCUGCUGUACUCUUGAGAUGAAUAAAAUAUUCUGAUAAUUGAA